AUGCAUAAAAAUUAUUUACCAGAAAUUCAUUAAUCACAUUCAACUCAUCAUUUAGAAUCAAAAUACAAACAAAAAAUUUAAUCUUCAAAUUCCUCUAUAGAAUGGGAUCAAUUAAUCAAUACAUCUAUGCCAAACUCAUCUAAAUUUCAAGUGAUACCAAAAGCUUCAGGUGCUCUUAAUUUAUCAAAAUUAGUACCUUCAUCUGAUGUUUCAUAUCUAAAAUCCACUAAAAGAAACUUUGCCAAACUUGGAACCAGUAUUUAUAAAGAUCCUGAACUAUAAUAAACUGUAAAAUAUUUUAUCUAUCGUAGAAAUAUGAUAAAAACAUGUAAUCAUUUUAUAGUACACUAUAUCGUAAAUCCUCUUCAAGAUUACCCUUUAAUACUAAUUUAGAAAAAGAGCCUUUUUCAGGUCGUCUAUUGGAUUUCACUGAAAUUUUCUAAGAUAACAAAAAAGCAACUGGUCUAUAGAGAUACUUCUCAGAAAUUUUAAAACUAGAAAUGCAAUAAAGUCAUUAAGAAAAAGAUAUGGUUCCUCCGAAUAGACAAUAAGCUAUAGACUUAAAGGAAUGGCUAUUUAUGAUGAUAACAUUUACAAAAUAAGAAUCCCCAAAUAUAAAUACAAGAGAAUUAGCAGAGAGAAUCCAAUUGAUUUAUGCUUCAUGUUUAAGAGAAUUGAUUAAGUAAUUGAUAAUCAUUAAAUAGGUAAGUUAGUAUUGAGUGUACAGAAAGAGGAGAAUUACUAUAAAUAGUUUGGGAUUUUUAUGUUGAAUUGAUUGGAUAAAUAAUUAAAUGUUAUUCUGAAUAAUAAAAGGAAUCAGAGAAAUCAUAUAUUGAAUAGAUGUAAAGAAUUUAAACAUUUCAUGAUUCUUAAAUGGAAGCCUAAAAAGUUAAAUAUUAAGAAUACUAAAAUCAAAUUUAAAAAAUAAAAAAUGAAACAUGUGAUUCAGUAGAUGAACUAAAUUUAACAAAAGCAAAAAUGUUAUUAUUAACAGCUGAUAUGAGAUAAUUAUUAUAAACAAAUGAAGCUUAAAAAAAGGAAAUAGAUUCACUACUUUUAUAAAUUAUGUUAUUAAGAACAUAAGAUUAGAGUGAUAAAAAAUAAGAAAAUUAGUAAAUAAAUGUAAAUUUAUCUUAAGGACAAAGUAUAGUAUCACAUCUAUUAAACAUUAAAGAUAUUAAUACUGAAUAUAAAUUUAAAAAGAGUAGAGUUAAAAAUGCUAAUUUUGAAAAGUUUGAAUAACUUAGAUAAUAAGAAUAACAAUUGAAAUCUGAGUUAAUAGAUUAAUAAAUCUUAGAACCUGAUAUAGAAUAUAAUGAUUAAGAAGUACAAGUAGAUAUUGAAUAUUAAGAAAAAGAAAUUUAAACAGACUUGGAUAUGAUAACUUUGGAUAUUUAAGAAUAAAAAUUAUAAGAAUAAGAAUAAGAAAUUCAAAAUUUAGAAAAACAAACUGAAUAAAUAGAUUAAGAUUUACAAAAUAAUGAAAAUGUAACUUUAAUAUUAAAUCAAUAAUCAGAUAUAAAUUAAAAUUUACUAGAAACUCAAAUACAAUAAGCAAUAAAACUUAUAUAAGAUUCUCAAUUAGAUUAAAAAUAAUAAAUAUGUGAUAUUCUUAUUUAAUCUAUCUCUCAAAAUCAAUUGUUAUCAUAAAGAAUUGCUACAUUAGAAAGAGAAGAAACAAUAUAAAAAAUAGAAUUAUUAGAAAAAGAAGAUUUUAAUUAAGAAUUAGAAUCUAAAUUAUCUUAAGCUGUUUCUGAUUUUAUUGAUAUUAUUAAAAGAAAAAAGAAUCAAAUUAAUAAAUUAUUAAAAUAGAAGAACACUUUACAAGAUACAUUAAAUUAAGUAUCAUCUACAUACAAUAUAUAAAUAAAUAUACCUGAAAUUAAUGAUGAUGAAAUAGAUAUAUCUGAAUAAAAGGAUUAUGAUUAAUCAUAAGAAAAUUAUUAAGAAAUAGAGUAAUCUCAAAAUUUAGAUUAUUAAGAUGAUGAUGAAUUUAAAAUAGAUGAAUAGGAUGAAUUAGAAUAUUAAUUUACAGAUAGAACUAAAAUAUAAGAAAAUGAAUAAGAUAAUUAUACUAAUAAAUAAAAUCAAAAAAUCUUUAAUCCAAAUUAAGAUAAAUAAGAAUAUUAAAUAGAUUUUGAAAAUGGAUGUUAAAAAUAAGAUAACAAUUUAGAUUAAUCUAUUCGUCAAAAUACUUAAACUAGUCAAUAAAAUAAUGAAUAAUAAACAAUAGAUUAAAUUAAAAUUAAUUAAAGUAAUGAGAAAAUAACACAUAAAAACUAAAAAAAUUAAUAAAUAAAUUUAUAAAAUAUUGAAAAGAAUAAAAAAUCAAAAAAUAAUGUUCCACCUAUUAUAUCUAAAAAUUAAAUCAAUAAAACUGAAAUAGAUAAAAAAUCAUAGGUUUCAGAAUAAAAUUAAAAUUCUGUUGAUAAAAAAAAUAUUUAAAAUAAUAACAUUAACUAAAAUUAGUCUUAAUAAAUGAAAUAAAAUGAAAAACCUUAAAAAUCAUUAACUUAGUUUACAAAAACUGAAAUUUAGUAAUAAUCAUCUUCAUAAUAAAACUUAAAAUAAAAUUAAUAAAAAAAAUAAUUUAAUCCUUAGGAUAAAUAGAAUAAUUAAAACUAAACUGUUUAGAAAAUAGAAAAAGAAAGAAUAGUUGAUAAAAAUUAAGUUAACGAUCUAAAUUAAGGAGAUUAAGCACUUUUAGUAACAAAUAAAGAUUAAAAAGAUUAAAAUUUUUCAAUCAAUUAUAAUCCAUAAAUUUCGAAAAAAAGAAAUUCAAAAGCACAUAUUUAAGAAAAAAGUAUUAAUUUAACUUAAAAUGAUGAAUCUAAUUCUGAAGACUUAGAUUUUGAAUCAUCUUAAUUUAUUUAAAAUAAUCCAUAAGGUGAAAGAAUAAAAUAAGUAAUUAAUUAAUAUAAGGAUUAUAAACCUAAAAUUAGGAACAAAUUUAAUCCUAUAGUCCUUGAACCUAAAAAUCAAAAGAGAUUUCGUAGAAUCUACAGUUAAAAUACAGAUGUAGCUAAUAAUUUAUUGAAUGACUUAAAAUCAAAAAAGAAAUAAAAUAAGAAAAUCUAAUUCUCAAUUUUGUAAUUAUAAAAAUUAGUAUUAUAAAUAUUAAGUGAUAUAUGCAAAUAAGCUGAGGGAUAUAAAAUUCCUUUUUAUGUUUGUAUAUAUGAUUAUUUUAAAAACAAAUAUGGAUUUAAACAAGUAGCUGAAAAGAAAAUUAAAUAGGUUUAUUAAUUUAUUUAUUAUGAAAAAGAUAAUCAUAUAAAAGUAAAAUUACUUGCUUAAUUUUGUUAUUUAAUUGGAGAAAUGGAUGAAAUAGGUUAAAAAUUAUUAACUGAAAGUUAUCAAUUUUUUUCAUAAAAAAAUGAUUUAAAUUAUGGAAAAGUAGAAUUGUUAUUAAGUUAUGAAUAAGUAAGUGAAUUUUUAAGUGAAAAAUCAUCUAGAUGGUUAUAAUAAUAAUAAAUUUAAUAACUUUUACAUCAAUAUCGAAAUUAAUAAUAAAAUAAUUAAAGAUACUAUAUUAAUCAUGAUAAUUUAUUAUUAAAAAUAUUAGAAUGCUAUUACAGUAACAAAAAAGAUUAAUAAACAAUAUUAGAAUCUUUAUUUAAUGCAGCAGAUUUAGAUGGAAAUAAAUUAAUUGAAUUUUCAGAAGUAUUAAUAGUAUCAUAUAAUAAUAGUUUAAAACACUUCACAGGGCAAUACAUUAAGAUAAAUUAUCAAAAACCUAAUUAUUAUAAAUCUUUACUUCAAAUGCAGAUUUUUAAGAUGAAAAUGGUGAUAAAAUGUUGACUUUACCAAGAUUUACUGAAAUGUCAAUUGAACUUGGAAUAUUUUAAAAAGAACAUGUUUUAAAAUAUAGUGAAGGUAGUGAAGAAUUAAAAAAUAAAUGGGAAAAAGAAAAAUCCAAUAUUAAAUAUAGGUAUAUAAUAUAAUUAUAUAUUAUUAGAUUUUUAAAAGCUAAAAAGUUUUAAAAAGUUCGUCACACAUUUUAAGAAUUAGAAAAUUAAAUUAAAAAUGAAGAGAAAAAUAAGUAAACAAUAUUAUGGGUAAGUUUUAAGUUGUUAAAUGAAGAAUCAUAAAGGGUUUUAUAAAAGUAUUUAUUAUUAAUUAAUAAUAGUUAUGAAACAAAUCAAUGUUUGUAUGAAUUAUUACCAGAGUUAUAAUUAAUAAUGUAAUAAAACAAAGUUAUUGAAUAAUUAGAAUGA